AUGGCGUCCCGGGCAGCCUGGGCCGGCCGAGCUUGGCGGCUGCCCCUCCCUGCAAGGUGGGCUUGCAAGCCCGGCUGCCUUUCCCUCGCCGCUCCGGCCCGGCCGGCCCCGCGGCGCCUCUUCAGCAACGACAAGGUCCUGGUGGAGCUGGCGGAGGGCGCAGGGGUCGCCGUGAUGAAGCUGAAGAGCCCCCCCGUGAACAGCCUGAGCCUGGAGCUGCUAACGGAGUUCUCGAUAAGCCUGGAGAAGCUGGAGAACGACAAGGCCUGCCGGGGGGUCAUCCUGACCUCGGCUGUCCCCCAGAUCUUCUCGGCGGGGCUGGACAUUACCGAGAUGCACGGCAAAAGCCCGGAGCACUAUGCCGAGUUCUGGAAGGCCGUGCAGGAGUUGUGGCUGAAGCUGUACAGAUCCAGUCUGGUGACGGUGGCGGCAGUCAAUGGUUCCAGCCCUGCCGGCGGCUGCCUGUUAGCCCUCUCGUGCGACUACAGGCUCAUGGCCGAUAACCCCAAGUACUGCAUCGGUCUGAAUGAGACGCAGCUGGGAAUCGUUGCACCUUUCUGGUUCAAAGACGCAAUGGUCAGCACCAUCGGCCACAGGGCCACGGAGAGAUCCCUGCAGCUCGGCCUCCUCUAUCCUGCCCCCAACGCCCUCAAGGUUGGCCUCGUGGAUCAGCUGGUGCCCGAAGAGAAGAUCCAGGACGCGGCAACUCAGGUGAUGGCCCAGUGGCUGGCCACUCCAGAUCACGCCCGCCAGAUCACCAAGUCCAUGAUGCGGAAGGAGGCCGUGGAGCGCCUGCUGAAGCAUCGGGAUGCCGACGUCCAGAACUUCGUCAGCUUCAUCUCCAGGGACUCCAUCCAGAAGUCCCUCCAGAUGUACAUUGAGAUGCUGAAGCAGAGGAAAGCCUAAGCUAAGCCGG